GCUAGGAUCCUGUAGACAACCAGACCGUGGCUGAAUAAGGUCCUGUUUGCAUUUACACUCCUUUACCGCGGAUGAUGACCUUCAUCUUCCGUCUCGCUGAGUGGUCUCGUUAAAUUGUUGGAGGGUUUUUUUUUUUUGCACGUCGCGCGCCGAUCGAUGUGAGCGAGCAUUCUGUGUUUGGCGCGAAUUGCCGGAAGAGAGAAAUAACGUUAUCUGACAGGCGGCGGCUGUAUCAGCAGUGUGGAAGGCACAGCGGGGCACAGACAGCUGAUUAAUGUUGUUUGGUGUUUCCUUAAAGCAACUCGUUGUAUAACAUUACCCCUACAUCGCCGUAUGAACGGCAGGCGGCAUACAUUGUGCGAAUAUUGGUUGUAGCUAAGCUAGCAAACGUCACGUUGAGAGAGUAGCCUGCCGUUGCUAGCUAAGGCUAACUAGUUAGCUGGGGUAACUAAGGAGGGUUUGUUUUGCUGUCGCGGUAAAACAAACCUCUCUUGUUCUCCUUUCAGAAACACUCCUGCCAUGUUUAUUGUUUUAGUAAUAAAGUGGUCAUACGGAACGUAAAAUGGUGAAUUUUAUUAAUUUACUAAACCCGGUCGUUUAACCAUGAGUCAGCUAAUGAUUCUUACUGCCUGCUCUUUGUUUACCGUUUUGUUUAUUGCUAACGUUAGCUAGCUCGUCUCAGCAACACCAAACACCGUUUAUGAACAGACAGGAUUACCUCAGGGACGUUGUGAGGGAGAAGGGAAUGUAAAAAAAUAACGUGUAAGUUACAACAAGGCUUUUCCGGACAAACUCCUGCUUUCAUAGCUACUACGCUGUCAUGUCUUCAGAGUUAACAAUUGACAUUCAGCUUACAGAGUUGGGCUUUUCAAGUUGGGACUUUCAGCUGUUGAAGCAGAAGGAGACACCUCAGACAAAUGGCUCUGCCUCAGUCCUCGAAGCCACUGCUGCACCAUCAGCACCCCCGGCUGUGGAAAGCCAUGUGGAUGAGGAAACAAACAUUUCAGUGGGCCAGGAAUGCCAUGAUGGCUCCCCCAGCGAUCAAGACUCUGAGAGUAAUGCUGUAGGUUCUGUAGCAGUGCCUACAGGGAAAAAUGACCCACACAUAGGACCAAACACGAGAGAGGGGACUGAAUAUGAUGAGGAAGAUGACGUAGGAGUUGAGGAAGAUGGGGAUAGAAAAAUGCCAGAAGAGCAGAGAGAUAUAAGGAGGACAGAUGGCAACUGGGAGAUUGACGUUGCUGUUUAUGAUGAGGAGGAAAAUGAAGAUAAUGACAGUAACUUGACAGAAGAUAAUGAUGACGAUGUUUCCUCAGACACGAAUGGUUCAGACGAGCAUCGCUGCCAUGUCUGUGCUCUCACCUUUUCCACAACGUUCCUCCUCCGUGAGCAUUUGCAUGUACACACAGGUGUGCGUCCCUACUGCUGUGCUGAAUGUGGCAAGCAGUUCUGCCACCUAGUGAACUACCGUGCGCAUCUGCGGUCCCAUUCUACUUUCUACUGCCUCAUAUGUAGAGCCAGAUUCGCAACACAGGAGCUACUGCAGAGUCAUCUCGAUACCAACCACUUUGAGAAAGAGUUUUACCAGUGUGAUUUCUGCAAGCGCAUCUUUGUCAACCUGGACGAGUGUAAGGAGCAUGUGCAGGCACACAAGCAAGAAGUAGGAAGCUAUCCAUGCCCCCAGUGUGACCGCAGUUUCCACCAUCGAUCCUCUCUGCUUUGCCACCUCAAGUGGCACAAGAAAAGCGCUUUAAUCUGCACCGACUGCGGCCAGGCCUUCACUAAGAAAAUCGCCCUACUGCGCCACAGCUUUGUUCACCUGGGACUUCUCCCGUACACCUGCGUGCACUGCAAGCGGCACUUCCGCCUGGCGUCACUGUACCACAAACACGAGUGUAAGCCGGAGCAUAUCCAGUGUGUAGCUUGUCUAGUUGUCUUCCAAAGUCAAGAUGACUUUGAGAAGCACAAGAAAGAUACUGGUUGCUGGGGUCAUCAGAUGGCCUCGCCUGCAAAAACAAAUGAUAUUCGAUGCAUGGAGUGUGGCCAAAUCUUUGACAGUGCGGAGGAACUCAAGAAGCAUGCUGGAACGCAUCAGAAAGUCAUGAAGUGUGCCGAAUGUGGAAUGGGUUUUCGCUCAUCGCUCAUGCUAAUGUCGCACAUGGGGGGCCAUGCAGCUCAGCGUCCAUGCCUCUGCAAAGAGUGUGGCUUGGGCUUCCCUCAUCAGCAUGCUUAUGACAGCCACCUUAAGAUGUGUGGGUCGGUGAGCCCGCCAGAGGCAUCUGUAAAGAAGCCUAAAGCCCCCAACCCUUCAAAGAAGAAGGACGUUGCCAUCACUCCAAAAAACAAGGUCUUCCAAGCUGUUACUCUAGAACCUCAGAAAGAUGUCUCACAAAGUGCGCCAUUGAACUCAGUUGCUCCGAUAAGUAACCAGACAAAGCCUUCUAAGGGUGCAUGGACGCUCAUCUUGAAUAAAGAACAUCUUCCUGGUAACGUACCUCUUGUCAUGUUUCUGCCGACAACCCUUUCUCGUGCCUCGGAAGGCAUCCAGAAUCCACAGAACCUUGUACCGUCUGCUGCAGUGUUGGAGAAACGCCUGUCAGUUCCACGUGUCAUUGACAUUCCCUUAGCUGCUACUAGCCAAGUUGCAAAGUCGGACAAACCAGUUCUGUUAGAAGGCAUAACUAGUCCUGGUGCAGAAGUUGUGAUACCUUUCACAAGUGCAGACAGUUCUAAAAUAAGAUGGACAGUAUUAGAUCAGCACACGUCUGGUUCAGUAACUAACACACACACAACGACAAAGGUAAACAAAACAGUGGUGGCUAUUGUUGAAUCAAAGCAGACCUUAAACAUGUCACUGGCGAAUGAGCAGAAAGGAAAAGUUCCGUCAAGCCUGGAAAUCUUGAACACCAUGCCGAAAAAAGAGACAGGUGAGACCAAGCCAAGCUUACCAAGCUUGUCCACAGCCGGAUCACACGAUCCAGAGACACCGCUUUGCUUGGUGAAAGUUAAGACAGAACCAGACGGUCAGUACAAACAACAAAGAGUGUCAGCUCUAGAGGAAAGUGACUCCUCACCGAAAAAUGCUGAAGUGAGUGCUGACGGAGUGAUAGACAGCAGUGUUCUUGGUUCUGUAAUGACGGAGACCAGUGGUCCUUCAGAAGCUAAAACUGGCAUUUCACCGUUCAAAAAGGAACCUGUACCGUGGGAGGACUGUGACGGCCACAAAGGAUCACCUGACUUGAUAUCACCUUGUAGUGCAUCAGAGGUGGUGAAGGAGAACCUUUGUCAAUGUGAGAUUUGUGGUAUUGUUCUUUUAGAAAAAAACAUGAGCUGUCACUCUAUGGAGCAUUCCUCCAUCUUGGAUUCUUCCUGUGUUUCUCGUUGUUCUCCACCCGCUAGUCCACCUUCCAAGAGACUAAACCUAGGCUAAUAGAACUUAAUCAUGGUGAGCCGGUAAUCUUUAAUGAUUGGAACAGGUAGGGAGCUGCUUGGUGUCGAAAAAUGCUCUUUGACAUUCCUCUGAAUGGAUGACUGCACAACUUUUUGAUCUUAUUUUCAGAUACGUUACGUAUAGUGAUACGUGCCACAUCACACAGUCAGAUACUAUUCCUUAUUAAUGUGUCACCCAUCCUGAUUCGCUGCUUUGUGGAAACCUUUGUACUUUUAAGCUGAACAUGCAAACUGUAUUAUUGUAUAAUACACUUGACCUGCCCAAGGCUACGUUCACAUUACCAAGUUGAAGUGGCACAAAUCUGAUUUUUUGCCCUAAUGUGACUCAGAUCUGAUGUUUUCAGGGCUGUGUGGACAGGCAAAUCUGAUCUUUUCAAAUCCGACCUGAGCCACUUUCAUAUGUGGUCCUAGAUCAGAUACGAAUCCGAUUCAUGGCUGUGCAACUUUAAUGUGACGCUGAGAUCGGAAUUCAUGUGUUUUUUUUUUCCACUGUGCGUGUGCCAUCAUUCAGCGUUACCAUGGCAGCAGCGCCGAACAGAACUUAAAGCCUGUAA